AUGAAACGUAUACACGAAGAUCGAAAUCUAUUAAUACAGCAAUCAAGACAUGAUUAUGAUUUUGUACAGAUCGAAACAUCAAUCCGAGAUAUGAUCGAUAUGAAAUUGAAGAAUGAAAUUCAAGAAAAUGAUAGUCAUCCGAAUUCUGAUCAAACAAAAGAAGAAGAAAAAGCACAAUCUUUGGAGAACAAAAUUGAAAUCAUUGAAAUUGGAACUAAAAUGAAAAAAUCUCCGGAACCUGAAAAGAAAAAAGAUGAUACAAAUUCGACAAAAGAAUUACUAAACGGGACGAAUAAUUUAAAAUCAAUUCUAAAGGAUCCGACAAAAAUGGGGCAUAAUAAACGUAAUAUCACAUUCAAUAACGAAGUAAUUGAGUUUGAAAUUAGCCCGUUAGCUAGUGAUAAUGAUGACGAUGAUGAUGAUGAUGAUUGGACACCAACUGAUGAUCAUCUACCGAUGGAGAGUGUUGAAUCAGAAAUCGAAAUAAUCAAUACAAAUGAAGACAAUCGAGUACAAUCAAUGAACAAUUCCAAACGAAUGUUUAUCAUUGGUGAUGAUUUGAACCUUACUUUUCGUGGUGAUCAAAAAAGUUCAACUACUUUCGAAGAAAUAUCAUCGAUAUCUUCAUCGACCACUUCUUCGACGACCAGUUCUGAAGAUGAAAAUGAACAAGUUAUUAGGAAAACGCCUAUAAAUGAACCGAUAAAUAGCUAUAAUCAACAAAACAUUCAACAAGUGAUAAAAGUAGAUGUUCAUGGUAAAUCAUUGUUAGUCAAUAGUAAUGAAAACUCUCCCAUUCCGGUUCCUGCAAAACGAAAGAAUGUUCCUCAACCAUUUACUACUACCACAUUCAAUCAUGCACUUAAUUCGUUACUUGAUAACGAUAAUGAAAAAAUAGAUAAAUCCAAUAAUGAACAAACACGUCGUGUGUCUGAAUUAGCUGAAUUGAUUGAGAAAAAACUUCAAAGUCCAGCACGAUCUAGUCUUUCUCAAAACUCUACUAAAAAACUGCCACCCCUAGGUUCGUUAUCAAAUCUUAAGAAAUCAUCCACAUCAUCGUCGGAUAAUCAAUCAAUAAUAGCACCAACAGGGAAUGUAACUUCAACCAAAAGUGAUUCAAGCUUUCUAAAUAAUACGAAUUUGAAUUCUCGAAACAAUAUACUUGAUGCAUAUGAUUUAUAUGAAUUCUGA